AUGUACGUUCCUGGUUUUGGAGAAGCUUCACCGGAGGCUAAGGCAGCGAAGCAUCUUCAUGACUUUUUUACUUACGUUGCAGUGAGGAUAGUGUCUGCUCAGCUUGAGAGUUAUAACCCUGAGGCGUAUAUGGAGUUAAGAGAAUUCUUAGAUACAAAUUCGGUUAGUGACGGCGAUAAGUUCUGUGCCGCUCUCAUGCGUCGCUCUUCACGUCACAUGAACUUAGCCCUUCGCAUUUUAGAGGUACGUUCUGCUUAUUGUAAGAAUGAUUUUGAAUGGGAGAAUUUGAAGCGUCUCGCCUUCAAGAAUGUGGAUGGACACAACACAAAACUCAUGCGUGAAUACGUCUUAGAGACUAGCCAUGUCGAAACUGAUCCCGAUAAGUGA